UAAAUGUUUCAAUCCCAGCAGACAAAUCAACAUAUCAAGCCACUUUAUCAUCUAUUCUCUGUUCACUCUCAGUUUCUUAAUAAAACAUCCUCUGCUACUUAAACUUGAACAACCAUGGCUCUGAUUCCAAGCAUUUUUGGUGGCCGCCGGAGCAACGUCUUCGACCCCUUUUCAUUGGACGUUUGGGACCCCUUCGAAGGCUUCCCAUUUUCAACUUCACUAGCCAACCUCCCUUCCUCUGCUCGUGAGACCUCUGCUUUUGCCAACGCUCGUAUCGACUGGAAAGAAACCCCGGAAGCCCACAUCUUCAAGGCCGAUCUUCCUGGAAUCAAAAAGGAAGAAGUUAAAGUUGAAGUGGAAGAAGGCAGGGUGUUGCAAAUUAGUGGUGAGAGGAGCAAAGAGCAGGAAGAGAAGAACGACAAAUGGCAUAGAAUCGAACGGAGCAGUGGGAAAUUCUUGAGGAGAUUCAGGCUGCCGGAGAAUGCUAAAGUUGAGGAGGUGAAGGCCAACAUGGACAAUGGAGUGCUGACUGUGACAGUGCCCAAAAUGGAAGAGAAGAAGCCUGAAAUGAAGUCCAUUGACAUCUCUGGUUAAAGUUGUGUUCAGUGAAAGGUUGAGAAUGUAAUUUAAAAUGAAGUCCAUUGACAUCUUUUUUUUAAAAAAAAUAUUACAUUAAUAUUGCAAUAUGUAAAAAUUAAUUUAAAUA